AUGAAUGUGCUGAUCACGUUAGGUCAGAUAUUGUCAAAAAAUGGUGUUGCAUCUCCGUCUGUGAAGCAUGAGAAGUACUUGCUUAGCAUGUUUGAAAAAGCCAGGCCAGUUCCCAACAAGAUCAAAAUCAAUAAGGUCAAGCAAACCCAGAAAACUCCUGAGAGGAUGCGAAAAGUUGUUACUUUGAAAGCAAAUAGGCAUUUGGUCGGGCAAGGAUCAAACUUCCAGAAAAAAGUUGUCAAAGACUACCUGUCGCCAUUGCGAGUUCACGACUUUUCACGACAUGAGAUCAAAAAUGACUAUGACACUCAAAAAGCUACGCGAAUGAGCCACAUUGCUAGGCGCCGGAAGCAGUCUGCAAAUUAUAGAGAGAUUCUGUUCAGCGAUUCAAGGCGAUUUGUUGGAGAGCUCUUGGCUGCACUAGUCGCAUGUAGUUCAAAAACGAUUGAAGCGACCUCAGACCAUGUAGUUCGUCAUUUCCCCACAUGGACCAUGGAGGAGGUACCGAAAAUACCUAAAUUCAGUGCUAAUCCCAAUUUAUUUGAAGACUACAUUGGAUUUCUCUCACACACCAAGUUCCUUUAUCGAAAUUCAUCCUCAACUAAUGGUAUUGUACCAAUGAUUUUACGAAAUUUAAUGCAUCCAGGUAAUUUGAAAACACUACACUUGAGAACAACUAGGACUUAUAAUGAUAUGAUAUAUUACUUUUGUGAAAAGUUUGACUUUGCCUCUUGUCGGGAGAUCUUUGCGCAGAUGAAGAUAGAGGGCGCUCAGCGGAACACUAUAACCUACAAUUUGAUGCUGCUUAGCGUUUUGAAGAAUUCGCAUAUUCGAAAAGUGAAGCCAGUGGACAACGAAGUGAUUUACUAUCUUAAAAGCAUGCGGAAGAACAAAGUACAAGCAGAUGCGGUAACAUGGACGACAUGCUAUAAUUUUUUGAAGGAGGAUGUUUCAAGAGCGAUUUUCAUUGAGCAAAUGCAACUACGUGGUGUUCCUAUAACGGCUGCAUUUGUGUACACUGUCUUACGAAAUGGGACAUACAGCUCGGAAGAAUGCCUUCGCUUUUUGUCGAAUAACAAGGUACCGCUGAGCUUUAAGCUUUUUAAGCUCUGUCUUGAUAGGCUUUUGGAAGAAGAUAGGGCUAACGUUGCAUGGCUCUUCCUGGAGCACACUAUGAUGAAGCGAGAGAUGGACUUCAGAAUUGACUCUGAUAUUUUGAAUUCUUUCUUGCGUUACUUUGCUAAGAAAGGAAGGUUUGAUAUGGCGAUUAUUACUUUCAAUACAUGUACACGGGAUUUCAAUAUCAAGCCAGAUGACCAUACUUUUGAGAUGCUUUUCAAGGCUUUGGUAACAAACGGAUAUACAAAGAAUUUCUCUCUGGUUUUAAAGUACUUGAAAAAUGUCAGAGGGUCCUUUGGUUUGGGAAAUCGAAACAAUUAUUGGCUCAUUAAAGCCACCGGAAUAUCUAAAUUUAACGUUCCUAAGCUGAAUGCGUUCUCAGAUGAAGAUCUCGAAAAACUGACUAGUCAAUUGGACAAUCUAAAAUGGAGCUCUACAUCCAGUGGCUUUACUGUCAAGACAUGGAAAGAGAACGGGCCAUCAUUCAAGAGGGCUCUGCGAGAUAUUGGUUGUGUCCCACCGAUGGUUCGGGCAAGCAAAAAGCCACAUACGGUAAACACAACCGCGAUGCAAAAGAAAUCUAGAUACCGCCGAAGGAUACGAAAUAUAGCUGUGCAGAGCGCCAUGUGCAAACGGAUUCCGCUUGCUAAGGACUGGUACGGGACUUUGAAGCAACAGCUAAAGGAAAGGAAUAUUCUAGCUGACGAGCUCAUUAGAUAUAGGUAA